AUGGCAGGAUACCAGCAGCAACCAAUAUCUGGUCAGUGUGGUCGAGUUCUAUACAAAAAACGUUAUCCUCGUAUUUUUCCUCAAUCUUGAUUUCACAGUCAGCCUUUUUCUGAACAGAACAUUUUAAAUUUGAAUCAGUGAAAAAUUAAAUGAUUACGUUUGAUUCAUAAACUACAUGUACAGUUCGACAGUUGAAAUUAAACUUCUCAGGAUUCACUGGCCAUAUUCCUGGUGCAAAAUGGCAAGUUGGAAGCCGACCGCCCCAACCUUCUCCUUCUCAACAGCCGCGUGACGGUGUGUUUUUUUGAUUGCGAUUUCCAAAAAAAGUCUCUUGCAGAUGUUCCAAACAAUCCUCGCACCAGUCGACCUAAAGAAAACCCAACUACCGUAUCAUUUUCUCAGCUAUUUUUUCAUGAAUUAUUUCCUUCAGGAAGCUCAAGAUGACGAAGGACCACAGGAUUUCAGUGAAAUGACAAAUGAAGAAUUGCGAGAAAGCCUACAACAAAUGCAAUUAGGCAUGCAAAAGUUGAGAAGAGCUUUGUCCGGAAAUCUUCAUGGAGGUGUGGGAAUAAAUUUAUUCUAACUAAAACUCUUGAAAGUUCAAAAAAUAUAUGAAUUUCCAAACGUUUUCAUGCUUGUCGCUUGUUUUCUUUCUUGAAAUUUUUUGCCUUCAGCGUCAGAUGGGAUGCCUCAAAGUGCCACGAACUCUGAUUUUUCUCUUGGUUUCAAUUCUCAAGGCAUUCCAAUCAGACGGGAGGCCCCUGCUUCGGUAUAUUAAGUUUGAACGAUUCCCAAAACUUUUUGGUUUCAGGACACAUCAAUUCAAGUGAACAAUCGUUACACCCGCUACAAUGGCCAAAAUGCGUCCAACGCAGCAAAUCAAAGGAGCAAAAGUGUUCCAAGAAGUAAGUUUCUGGAACAUUCCUUUUUUUUAUCUUUGCUCCGUCUAUUUUUUUUUCCAAUUUGUUUAUUCCAUGUUAUCUUCUGAAAAGUGAAGAUUUUGCUUUUUAUGAUUUCAGAAAUCGAGAAAGAUCCAUUCGAAGGUAUCGAGGCAGGCUGGUGGAGUAAAGGCGAGGUUCAGAGAAACAAGGUUUUUUGAACUCUCUACCCUACUUUUUUCCCUAACAUUUUCCUAAUUUCAACCUGACUGAACGAAAUCAAAGCAAUUUAAGGAAAGAAGAGAAAUAGCAAACAGAGGUCGUGCGGUCGCAGGUGGGGACUGGCAACAGUUACCUCCAAGUCCAGUCAGCAAUAGACGGCGAUACCAAGUAAGCCUUAGGGUUUCACUUGAACAAAUGAAAAUUUCAAUCGUUUCAGGCGCAGCGAGAAAUGGAUGAAGACGACAUCCCAACAGCCGGAUACAGCGGUCAUAUUCAAGGUAUGUCGACAAUAUCGUGCUUGUUAAGAAACAAAGUUCGACUGCUUCUUACUACAGACGUUUUUCAGCACCUUUUGAACUUUUGAUGAUACUUUUUUAAAGUGUACUUUAGAACCUCCUGAUUCCGGAACAAGAGACAAAAUUUCUCAGAAAACAUCUUAUUCCGAUUUCUGAAACGUCAACUAUUAAAAUAUAAGCACGACAAAGAAAACGCUCCUUUAAGUUUUCGAAGCGUCCUUAAUCGGAAACCAGAUCUCUCCUAUAUAAACCCUAGAUUUCAAAAAAAAUGGUCUGCAGAAGGAAUAAUUUCAGGUAUGCGUCAGCUUGGCAUAGGUAAACCUUUCAAUGUGGCUGCCAAACAAGCUAAACAAGAAUAUAUCGAGCGACGUAAAGCCUAUAACAGAAGCCACGGUUAGUAUUUAAAAUAAAAAACGAGUCAAACUCAGAAAAUCAGAUCAAAUAUUCGGAGACCGGUCCGCAAUACGCUUCAACGACAAUCCAUCUUGAACUUGUUAACUGAAAUUCUAUUCACCGAUGAUCAAGAUAUACGAUGCAUGCCACGCCGAACUUUUAGUUUGCAUUUUUUUUGUCAGCUUCUGAUUGUUUGGGUUACCACCAUGACUUUCACAAAGCUCUGUGUUUUAUGAAUAUCAAUCUGAUAAACUUGUUUUCAAAUUGGGAAUAUUUGAGUUCUUAAAACAGACUUCGUUUUUGAAUCGUUACAUGGAAUUUUUAAUUUGAGGCGGGAAACUGUCUUAUUUCACAUUUAAAGUAGCCUCAAAGAUCAUCUGGAAUAUUUACACAUUUUUCCGUCCAAUUUGCUAUUGUCUUAAAUUUUUUUAUGACUCGAAAAUGGUUUUUUUCUAAACAUUCAUUUCUUUUGAAACCAUCUAAAAAAAUUCGGUUUUUUUCCAGUAUCUUUUUUUCAGCCCUAUGGAUUGCUCGCAAACUUUUGCCAUAUAUGUGAGGUUGCCGUUUCAACAUACAGGUAGAAUAUCACAAUUCUCAAAUUUCAUAGUAUAUCCAAGUUUCGUUGAGAUUACCUAACUUUGAUGAAAUUUAGUAAAAAAAGGUUGAUUUCUUUUUCGGCGGUACUGUAUCAUUUUGGAUAGAGUGUGAAAAACGUUUAUCCUGAAUCCACAAAACAGAGAGAGCCAGCCUAAAAGUCAACAGGGUUGCUCUAAAAGGCCAUGAACGAAUGGCCGACAGGUUGCCGGUUGUCUGGAAACGGUCGGAAAUGCGUCAUCAACGGCGGCUUCCGGCCCGGUGUUAUGCCAGACGGCGGCGACCCGGUGAGUCAUGGCAAACAUUUUUCAUGAAGCUGGACACUUCAACCGCCGGAUGACGUGAGCUUCUGCUAAAUACAAAAGCCUCUGCCCGACGCUCCAUCCGCAUUUUCUCAUUGCUUCUGGGUGAAAAUCAUUUUCUUUCUGGCCAGUACUUCUGUGUUUAAUUUCAACCAUUCUUAUUUAUCUCUAUCAAACUUCCGUGACUAUUUUUGUUUGGAAAUUGGCAAACAGCUCACAAAAGGAAAAGAAGGUUUUGUAUGGCUCAAAUCGUGUUUUGUGCAGGUGCUUAAGACUCAUCAAAACACCUGUUGUAAGAAAGCCGUCGAGAGCAAAGAAAACUGAGUACCAGUCCCUAGAACUGAAAUUGGAAGUGUCAGCUUCGAUAUUUUCAUUUGGAAAACUUUUUAAGAAUGGCACUUUGUCUGAAGCUGUGAUAAAAGAUUAAAAGAUGCUUGAAAUUUUUGGAUAAAAAGUUUGUUUGGUAAUCUUCUUUUUUGAAUAUUUAGAAGGAUUUGAAGUUACUCCUUGAUUUUUGGAGCCUGAAUUGUAUACUUUACAGUUUUUUUGAUUUUUUUCUUUUUCUAGACGAAGUUCUAUUAGCUACAGCUUAAAAAGUCAAGUUUCAUUUUUUUAGAAGUAAGUAAUUUCUUCUCUGCCAAUCGAAUUUUUGUUUCGAAGAAUUAAAAGAUUGAAAAAUAUUAUUUUUUUAAGUCUAUGACUGUUGAAAAAAAACCGGUGUUAUGUACCUGGAAGUUGUCUGAGCGGCGACGCUCGCCAGUCAAAACAAGAGAUCAUGAGGAGUCGCCGAGAAGGGCGAGCUUGAUAUUUUUGGCGCUCGUUCUCCUUCACCCUUCACCUCGGCGCCAAGGCGAAAAACAAACCAGAAACAGCUCGACGCAGUCGCACAAAAGCCUAAAACAAUUGUGAAAAUGAGCAAGGAGGCAGCGUUCAGAAAUCGGAGUCGCCGGACCGAUCAGCCUGACCGUUGUUUGCCGCGGGCGGCGUCUCAUGCACGCCCUCAGGCCUCUCGUCUUCCUACUUGAGGGCCGGCUGUUCGAGUUCGUGUAUCCGACGCACCGUUUCGGGAAGAGACGCCUUCUCCGUUCUAAACGUUUGCUCGCGGCUUUUUUUUUUGGGAAGGGCUUUUGGGACCUAGGCCUUCCUGAUUUUAUUUGUCGCUCCGACGACGCUGCUUGAAGGUUGGCCACUUUCUAUUCUUAUUUGAGAUCCUAUGCUGAAGCUUUUCCUUGUAGAUAUUUGUUUUCCUCGGUUGUAUUAUAUGUUAAAGAUUGAUUAUAAAUCACACUUUUUUUACUAUGGUACCGUUGAGAAUCGUUUUUUUGCCCUAUAUUCAAGUGGUCUGAGAUAUAUAAAAAUUCACUCAGAUUCCUUUAUACAGAAAAAAUCAAACAUAAAUAUUUUUCACUUAAUCCUUAUCAAUCGUGACUUUUAUCCGAUUCGAAUACAUAAUUUUUUUCAAAUUUCAACUAUUUCUUUCAGAAUCAGCUCAGACUAUGCGCUUAUUCAUACCGCGAUGGUCAAUUUUGGUGAGUUCGACCCUUUUGAGACUGUCAUAAUAAAAAUUUCCAGCUACCAGCGGUUUUUUUGACUGUCAAAGCAAGUCUGGAAUGCGAUCCAACGUCAAACGUGAAGAAAAUUGACCCAUCAAACCCAGAAUCGUAUUUGUAUUGUAAUUUGGAAGGGUUAGUUUGAUAUCAUUCAUUUUGCUCCUUAUAUUAAUUCCCGAGAUGCCCACAAUAAUUAAUAUUUUAUAGCUCUUUCUCGAAACGAAAAUGCUUGGGCGGCAAAGUUUUCAACGCGGAAACAAGCGAAUGUGAGCUUCUGCGUCAGUCGGACUCUCCAGUCGACAAUUUUGAUGAUAUUUUCUCACAACCUUUCUAUCAAGCUCCAGGUACAGUUUUCCUGUAUUUGGAAUAAAAGAUCCGUUUCAGAUGACCUUUGCGGAUCUGGAAUUCCGUUGACAAUUUUAUCAGCUCCUGUUGUGUGUAAUCCUUCCAUAAGCAGUUGUCCAGAUGGUAAAUUUUUGUGAAUUCGUUGAAUUUUUUGGAAAUUCUUAGAAAAAUUCUAGACUAAAUAAUUUUCAGGCUACGUUUGCCGUCUUUAUGAACGCACAGGAACUUCCUAUUGCUGUCAAAACCCAUCACCAACGAGUGGAUCGACCAGCAGGAGCAACGACCGUAUCACCUGUGGAGAAGGAAGGACAACAUUCAUUGAGGUAUAAUAUGAAAAUCGAGCUUAGUUUUGUUUUUCAUGCUUAAAACACACGAAGUUGAAUGAUAACCGUAAAACUGAAAAAAAAUGGUUCAUAGAAGAAAAACACUUGUUUUUUAUGUGCUCGGAAAAGUUCAUAAGCUCAUUUCUGGUCAAUAUUUGCUUCGAAAAAACAGAGAAAUGUGCGCGAUUCCUCUUGGGUGGUCUGCUCAGUUGCCAGGGACAUUUUUCUUGAUCUAUGAAGAUUUUCUCAAUCAUCGUUCCAUUAAUGUAAACCUCCGCAAUACAAACAAAACUUUCCAUUUUGAAAUUUGAGACGUUUUCUUUUUUUGAUCACUGUCCAUCGAAAGAAAAAAACUAUGCCGUUUGGAUUUUAUUUACACAAUAAAGCAGUCGGGAACGGAUACGUCCUUCUUGAGAUUUUAUUUGGAGACUCCGCAAACAUCAAUUUUUUCUCAAUCAAAAAGUGACGAUGAAGAAAAGAAAAAACACAGAAUAAAUUAUCGAUUUUGAGCUUUCAUCGGGAAAACCGCGAUCUUGCGUCCUUUCCAACGCCGCGUCUUGUCCUACAGGUUUUGCGUGUACUCUCGUUUCUGGAAGUACUACUAGGUAACUUUUGUUGCUUUUUCACAUAAUAAAAAGCUGAAAAAUCAAAGAUGCUGUGCAAAGGAUCUCGGCUGUCCUGCCAAUUCAGCCCCUCAACUACGUCCCAACACUGCUUCUCAUGUCGAAUGUUCAUCUCAAAUGUCAGUUUUUUGUUUGGAUCAUUCUCUCCAACUCAUUGAUUCAGGCAGUGCCAACAAGGCUUCUCCUGCCUGAAAAGCACUUAUCUGAACAAGAACAUUUGCUGCUCGGAAAACGACGGAGAAAGCAAUGGUUCAUUUGUCGAAAUCACUUCUCCUAUUUUUGAACUCUCAGGAACUUGCCCUAAUGGAGAAGAAGCUCUUGGAGGUACAACUUGCUCGGCUUCCAAAUCCUGUCCUACCGGAUUUGUGUGCAACAACGAAAAGUGUUGCCCAUCUACUGGUGAGUCGAGAACCAGUUUUAUCGAAAAAUAUUGGAAUUUUUCGCAGGCUCAUGCCCAGUUGGAUCGCCUUUGGGCGGUGGACCGAUGACAUGCAGUGAAAAGUCGCCUUGUUCAGAAGGUUACACUUGCAUCACUACCAAUGGAGCUCAGUUUUGCUGUCCCUCAAAAGGUUUGCUUUCAAUGAUAUUCUAACGCAAAUUCGACUAACUUUUCAGAGAAAGUGUGCAUUCAGUCGAAGAACGCCGGCGUCUCCUGCGCUUCUAAUCGACCUUCUGUAACUCGUUAUCAUUUCGACAGAGCGACGGGUACUUGCAGAUCUUUCAAAUACAGGUACUUUUCCUUUUUUAAUGUAUUUUAAUUUUCCUCUCGGAAUCCAAUCCCUGCAAAAAACUUCGAUUUUUAAAGAGUCAAAAAGUGGAAAAUAAAGUUUUUUUUUAAACUUUCGCAGUUGGUUCGUCUGGCGUUUUUUGAGCAGGGAAUAUGAAAAAUUAUGAAGGAAUUGCUAUCUUUCGAACUCCAACUUAACCCUCGGCUCUUGAAACAGCAAACUAACUUUUGACUUCGAAAAUUUUCCUAUGAAAAUCUGAAGAAUAUUUAAUCAAAAGUAGAACGCUGAAAAAAGAAGCUGGUGAAUUGAGAAGUUCUGAAUGAAAAAAAUUUCAUUUCUUAACAGAAUUUUUUAAAAGAAGCUACUUACAGCCAAUGCGGAGGAAACGCCAACAACUUCCACUCGUUAGAAGAAUGCGAAGGAUUCUGCGUAGAUACGCAAUGUCCCAACGGACAGGCGUUCCGCGUCGGAGCCGUCAAUGCCGCCUGUGCACUCUCCUCACUCGACACAUGUCCCAAGCAGCACUUCUGCCAACAGCCGCUCUUUGGCCCGAGUCCUAUCUGCUGUCCGACGCCUGAGCAAACAUGCAACGAGAUGGUGUCCGCCGGGACGCCUUGUUUCGGCCGUUCUCUCACUUUCCAGCGGUUUUACUUCAACCCGUCUACUCAGUUAGUUUUAUUGAUUUGUUAUGUCAUUUUUUUCUAAUGCGGAAUUUGGAAAAUUUGCCGCCGUAAUGAGAACCUCACAGGACAAUAGGACAUUUUAGGAUUUUCUGAUUUCAUAUCAUAAUAAAACAUUAAACAGUUUUUUAAAUUUUUUUCUUCAGAAAAUGUCAGCCCUUCCAAUAUUACGGAUGCAAUGGAAAUGGAAACAAUUUUGAAUCGGCUGAACAAUGCAAAAGCUUCUGUCUUCACGCUGUCGAUAGCGGUGAAUUUUUAAAUUCAACUUGGGCCUUUUGGAAAAUAUCAAAAGUUCACUAGACGUUCCAUUUUCAGUGUGCGGAGGACAAGCUCCUUUGAUGAACCCUAACCAGGAGCUUCAAAAAUGCAGUACGAAUAUCCCUUGCCCCAACGGCUAUGAAUGCAACGACGCGUCUUUCUGCUGCCCAACUUCCGGUAAGUCUGAUCAUUCUUUCAAGAUUAUCCAACCAAAUGUUUCAGCGACAGCCUGCAGUGCUGUUCUUUCCAAAGGCAACUCCUGCAAAGGCUCCACCCAGCGAUCGAUGUGGUACUACGACAAAUCUACCCAAAAAUGCUCUCAAUUCGUUUAUAACGGUUUGAGAUAAAAUCUAAUUUAAACAAGUAUUUUUUUUUCAUUCAGGUUGUGGAGGUACUCCAAACCGAUUUUAUUCCAAAGGAGCCUGUACGGACGCUUGCGUUCAAGCGAACCUCUUGGGAAGCUGUCCAAGAGGAAUGAGUCCUUUCAUUGACAAUGGAGAGACCACUCCCAAGGUGAAUUCUUUGCCAUCAAAAAAAAAAUAAUAAUGAUAAUAACAGGCCUGCACGCUCAACGUCCGAGGAACCUGUCCAAACCAAGCUUCUUGCGUUAGAUCCACCACCAAUCAGCCCAUUUGCUGUCAGACGGUCACUGCUUGUCCUCAAAACCGUACUCCAUACCUCAUUCCGGGUAUCCCUUUCUCAAAUCAUUUUUAGGUAUUUUUCUUUAUUUCAGGAUCGAACUCUGUGGUAUCUUGCAACAGCGAAGGAAAUGACUGUCCUGAUAAUUAUUCCUGUUUGGAGUCGAGGUUUUUAAAUCACCACUUAAAAAAAUAAUAAAAAAAUUAUUUAUUUUUUUCCAGUACUGCACCUGGAUUCCACAUGUGCUGCUCUUCCAUUUCUUCACAAAGACCGACACGCCCAAGAAACAGCAAUGUCAGUUUCAAUUGAAAUAUUUCAUCGCACACCUUUCUUCAUUAGAUCCGUAAGCCAUACGAGCCUGAUACCUUGGCUGAGCUCAUCGAAAACGUUUCUCCUUGCCCACCUCACCUCGUCAGCAACGGACAAACUUGCACCGUCAACGCUCCAGGUGAGCUCGACAAUUCUCCCAAAAAACGUACUUUUCCGCGUGAAAUUAGAUACAUUGAGAAACAAAUUUAGGGACAUUGGCCAACAAGUUUUUAAGAUUAGAUAAACUUAUUGCACAGCUCCAUACAUACAGUACUCCUUCUUGAAGAUAUUAUAUUCCUCUAAAAUGUUUCAAAAAGUCUCGGAAAAAGUCGCUACUUUUUUUGAGAACGUAAAAUUAAUCAGAACGUCAAGGUAAUUUUUUUAUAUUAAACUACAUCAAAAAAAUUUGAUAUUUAAUGCUGAUUGAAAUGCAAUAAUUUUUAACUUUCUGAUUUAUCCGAUCAAUAAAUUUCAAUUUCGCCACUUCUGCUGUUUUCUGAAGAAUAAGCUGAUUUUCCAAUAAGUAUCGUAGUGCGCGUGGAGAUCGUAAAACUGAACACAAGCUGUGAAAAACUGAUUUUAAAUUCAAAAAAAACCUCUUUUUCUAACGCCUAUGUUUUACAGGAGACUGCCCAUCAAGUCACGUUUGCUUCCGAGACGUUGGCUACGAGUACGGAUCCUGCUGUCGAACCACUCCUCCAAAGUGCGCUUUGAAGGGUUAUGUACCCGUAUUCAUCGAAAAAACCCAGGUGGAAUAUUUCUUAUGCUUAAUAUCACCUCAAAGCCUUUUCAGGUUCAAAUCUGUCAAGUAGAUAUUGGAGGCUGUCCGAAGGAUUCUCGAUGCAUGACUUCGAACGUGGCAAAACUAUCGAUCUGCUGCAAAGUCUACACCCCACCACAGCCUGCUAUAAACCGACCGAACAAAGCUGUAAGUGUAUUUUUGAAUCAGGGAAUUGGAUAAGUUUAUUGAUUUUCAGGGAGCCGUUUCUAACAGACAAGCCAUUUGCGCCAACGGCGAAAGGGCCUUCACGACGCCAGAUAACAAACUUCAAGAGUGCAAUUUUGUACACAACACUUGUCCAACCGGAUAUCAGUGAGUUUUUUUAUCGAUUAACUUUUCCUUCAUUACUUUAUCAAAUAGUAACUAAAAAAAUGCUCCCUUUGGCCGCUGAAUUUAUCAACUCAAAAUGUUUCCUAAGUUUUUCAAUUAUCUUCACUGGAAGACAUCAGAGGUUCGACUUCUCUUUGGAAGUUCAACUUAAGAAAAAUCAAUUGAUAAGUUGAAGGAAAAUAAAUAGCAUUUAUUACGCGCAGAACAAGUGUACGGUAAUUCGAGUCCGCAAAAGGUCGAUGGUGAGAAAUACGAACCUUUCCUUGCGUCUCUCAAUUCGGUGGUUCCCUAGGAGUUUUUCAAACGUAGAUUGGAUUUUCGAAGCACGAGAGAGUCAAGCCAAAUAAAGAGAUUACUGAUCAGCCUCAAAAAUUUUCGGAAGUGUUGGUAAAAAAAAGCGAUUAAAUAAUUUGAAUGAUGUAUCUGAUAAUUUUUGCUAUUUUGAAUCUCACAAAAAUUAUCACAAAAAACUUGUUUUCUGUAAAUUUGAUAAAAAAACACAUAGAUCGGACGUCGUAAUUCUAUCAUUAGAGGAUGAAGUCCACUGAGGUUGAUGGAAUACGAAAUUUGUGGAAUUCCAGAUGCGAGUUCUCUUCAACGGGUCAAGCCGUAUGCUGUAUGAACGCGAAUUCGAUCCGUUGCCCGGCCGGCUCUUCUGUCUUCGAAUUCGGAGGUCGCCCACUCGCCUGCCCUCCCGGAAGCAACAAAUGUCCUGCCGGUUACGCCUGUCUUCCUUCUCAAAAUCCGCAACACCAUCUGUGCUGUUCGACGGGAAUCGCCGUCACCUCACAGCCCCAGUGUGCCCGCGGCGUGGCCUUUGUUAAUCCAGGUGAGAGUUUGGUGCGAAAUCAUCACCUUGAAACACAAAAAGUUAUUAUCCUUACUUUUUCGAUCAUAUAUUAUUUCAUUAAAAAAAUCAGACUGUUUUAUUAAGCUUCCAAUGAGUUUGAAAAAGUUACAUCACAAAAAAUUUUAAAAAAAAUUCAACGAUUCUCAAUCAAAUCAAAAGAAAAAAAAAAACUUUUCAUCGAAAAAUGGUUUCAGCGACGAACCAACGACAAUUCUGCAAUCCGCAUGCUAGCGACUGUCCUGCUGGAUAUCACUGUUUCGAAUCGGACAGUCCUACGCAGUUCAUCUGCUGUACCCAUGGCGAUUUGAACGACCGUUUCAGAGGUUAUUUUUUUCUUUGACCAUUUUUUUUUUACUAUUUGAGAGAAAAAACUUGGAAUAAUUAGUAGAGUUAGGCCUCUGAAAGGGCUAUAGCUUGAAAUUUUUCAAUAUUAUUUUUUUAUCUAGUUGUUGGCACAGUUUUAACGGUUUUCUCUGUGUCUUUUUUAAGUUUCUCACUUCUCUUUUUCCAAUCAGAAAUGGCAAAGUAUUAUUUUAAUAACUAUUCUUUUUUAAAGGUUAUUGCCCACCUCGCCAAGUUCCAUACGUCUCACGAGACGGAUUCCCACCAACAUGCCACAUGCAGUUGAAUCCUUGUCCGACCACUGCGCCCUACAUUUGCAUCUACUCUCCAGAAAAGCAGGUAAGCUUUUUUUGAAUAAAGAUCUUAAAAAGCGCAGUUUCAUAUUGAUGAAAUAAUUCUCCAAUUACUUCAGGAUUCUUACUGCUGCGCUCCCAUCGAUACCGCCGUUCGAUCUUACAUACCUGACAGAGCCUCUGCUUCGCCCAUGAAAAAAAUUGGAACAGGUUUUUCUCAGAUAUUUUAAAUGACCUUCAAAAAAAUUAUCUCUAGGAGCCGAUUACGGAGAACAUCUUGGUUUGCCAGAAGCUCCCAUUUCCAACGUGCCUGGUAUGACACAAACGUUCCCAGGAGGUCCGGCAGCUCCCGGGAUGGGUCCUGUCGCAAUUCCUGACCCUAUUCCAGGCGUUGACUCUAAACUGGUAGACUUGAAUAUUUGAGUUUGGUUGAGCGCUCAUUUUCUUAGAUUUUGCCGCCUGGCCUCGCCAACAGUCAAUUGAACAACCAGCCGACCAUCGAGAACAAGAAUCAGCCGAGUGGAAAUUUGUUCGAAAAUAAUGGAAAUAGUGGACCUAAACUCAGUGGUCUUCCUGUUGGUGUAGUUACCCAGGUGAGCCAUUUUUCGAUUUAAUGAUAACGUCGUAUAAGAUAAGACUGUUAGGACUUGAAUGAAAAGAAAGGAAAAAACUUUAAUGGAAAGUAUAAAUGAAAAGGGAGAGCACCCUGCUAUGAAAUAAAGAACUUAACAGGAAAAAUAAAGUAAGCCAAAGAAAAAAAAAAACAAAUUAUCGAAUUUGAGGUUGGCGGCUUCACUGGAUUCGGAGAGCAGUCGGGCGGAUCAGGAGGCUGUCCACUGGGCUCUCGACCUCUGAUGGGCAUGGACCGACAAGUUGCCGAGUGCUCUCAGCAGCCUUGUCCGGAAGGAUUCUCGUGCGUCUUCGCUGAGAAAGAGAACCGUUUCCAAUGCUGUUCGUCGUCUUCCAUCAUGCUCGCCAUGGGCCGACCCACUGGGGAGGCUACUCCGACGCCAACUCUCGCCAACAAUCUUGAAUGCCCCCCAGGAUUCUUCAUGAUUGACGGAAAAUGCCUGAAAGGUUUGUUUGUAUUUUUCAAAACGCCAGCUCCGUUUAACGUCACUCUGCGUUUCGAAAAAAAUAUAAAAAAAUUAUAUUAAAACUGAAACCAAAAAGUUUUUCCAAAAGCAAGAAUUUCAGAGCCAUAUUAUUAUAUAAGUCUUUUUCUAACUGUCAAAAAAAAGCGUUUCAAGCGCGCUCACAGACUAUUUUUCAAUGGAAACUAUUUUUAAAUGAGAGAAGAAUUUUUGGCCUCUACUAGCGAGUUCAAGCACAACUGAGUUUCCAAACUUUUUUUUUUUGAUUUUCGAUAGUAUUCUGCAAAAUGAAAUGUUUUCAGUACUGUUCGCUGGACAGAAAGGCUGCGUUUCCGACGAUCAGUGCAGCAACAGAGAGCCUAAUGCAACCUGUGACAGCGGCUAUUGCAUCUGUCCCACCGGAAAACCGUUGGUCCACGGUGGAAGAUGUGUCGCGACUUGCCCGGAAGGCUUCGCCAACAUUGCUGGACGGUACCUUCUUCAAAAGGUCGAUUCAGCCCUAAUUCAUGCUUUUUUCUGCAGAUGCUACGAUCCGACAACGGUAAUCUUCAUGGACUCCGUCGACGAGCGAAGCAACGGAACUAUCGGCGGAUACUGUCUGGAUACUCUCAUUGAGGAGAAAAGGUAUGAAAUCUUCAAAAACACCUUUUGAGAAAAUCGUGCUUUAGAUGCAAUGUCGAGCACAGCUACUGUUCUGAAAAAACGAUCACUUGUCAAUGCAUGCCUGGUUUCGAUUUAGACAUGGACUUUGACAACAAGAACGACAAGGUUGGAGGGAAAUAUCGAAGAUAAACGGAAGAGCUUUGUGUUUUAGGGUAAUUGCAAGAAGAACAGCAACUCCAAGUUCUUGAACUCCGAGCUUGGAACGCCUCCGCCGGCGGACGACGAACUUUAUUUCAUUGACAUAAGUUGGUUUUCAAAUCAUUUUCGAGCACUAAAUAUCACACCUCGCUACAAAAGCCUUCGUUUCAGGCUCCAUGGGAACCGAUUCCACAGGAAACGAGACAGAGAAAGCGAAUGAAGAUUUGACGAGAUACCUCUUCCAGGCUGACGAAAUGGUUCCUGUUUUCGCCUAA